AUAAAAAAGUGUUGGAACUUUUAAGGGUUAAAAUAUUUUAUAAGGUUGAGUGGAAGGUGUGUGUGAAAAGAGAGGAUUAUAAAAAAAAUGAGUGCGAAUGUGGGGAUUCUUUGCAUUUUUGUUGUGCUUUUCAUGGCAAUUGAAGCAAUGGGGGUUGUUACUAGAGCUGCACCAAUGGAUCAAAUUUCAGAGAAUAAGAAUCUUUUCAACAAAACAAGACCCCGAUCCCAAUCCCGAUCUCGCCCCAUUGACUACACAUUCGAGCUUCCAAUUGCAACAACUUCUUGGCCACAAGGUAACGGUUUCGCAGGAGGAAUCCUUGAUCUAGGUGGGCUGCAAGUGUCUCAAGUAUCAACAUUUCGCAAAGUUUGGGGCGCUUACGACGGUGGCCCGGACAAUCAAGGGGCCUCAGUGUACGAACCAACAUCAGUACCUAAAGGAUUCUCUAUGCUAGGUAGCUACAGCCAACCUAACAACAAACCUCUUUUUGGAUAUGUUCUAGUUGCAAAGGAUGUUUCUUCAAGUACAAGUAACGGAACUUUAAAGCCACCAAUUGAUUAUACACUUCUAUGGAACACCUCAUCCCUCUCAGCUAAUCAAAAUUCAACUUUGUAUAUUUGGCUACCAGUAGCACCUGAUGGCUACAAAGCUUUAGGACAUAUAGUCACCACAACACCAGAAAAACCUUCCCUCGACAAAAUCAUGUCUGUCAGAUCAGAUCUUACCGAACAAUGCGAGACUACUUCAUGGAUUUGGGGUUCCAAUGAUUUCAAUUUCUAUGAUGUUAGACCAAGCAAUAGAGGAACUCAAUCUCCUGGAGUUCGCGUUGGCACCUUCGUUGCGCAAAACGGUGGAAAUACUAACCCUUCAUCUAUUUCAUGUUUGAAGAAUCUCAAUUCCAUUUCAAAAGUCAUGCCUAAUCAGAAACAAAUCGAGGCAAUACUUCAAGUUUACUCUCCGUUUCUAUACCUACAUUCCGAUGAAGAAUACUUUCCUUCUUCUGUCAAUUGGUUUUUCUCCAAUGGAGCAUUACUAUACAAGAAAGGUGAUGAGUUAAAUCCUAUUCAAAUACAACAAAAUGGAACUAACCUUCCUCAAGAUCAUAACUAUGAUGAUUCUUAUUGGAUAAACCUACCUGUUGAUGAUGCAAAUAAAGAAAAGGUCAAACGUGGAAAUCUUGAGAGUGCAGAAUCUUAUGUACAUGUGAAACCAAUGUUUGGAGGAACAUUCAGUGAUAUUGUAAUGUGGAUUUAUUACCCUUUUAAUGGACCUGCAAGAGCAAAAGUAGAGCUUAUAAAUAUUAAAUUAGGGAAAAUAGGUGAACAUGUUGGUGAUUGGGAGCAUGUGACUUUAAGGGUAAGUAAUUUGGAUGGUAAAUUAUGGCAAAUGUAUUUCUCACAACAUAGUAGUGGUUCAUGGGUUGAUUCAUCUCAAAUUGAGUUCCAAAAUGACACAACAAAAAGACCUAUUGUUUAUGCUUCAUUGCAUGGCCAUGCAGCAUAUCCACAUGAAGGUCUUGUUCUACUUGGGGAAAAUGGAAUAGGUGUAAGAGAUGAUACUAAUAAAGGUAGUAAUGUUAUGGAUAUGGGAAAAUUUGUGUUGGUUUCUGCAGAUUAUUUAGGGUCUGUUAAAGAACCAGCAUGGUUGAAUUUUUAUAGGGAAUGGGGUCCAAAAAUUGACUAUAAUCUAGAUGAGCAGUUGAAAAAUCUGAAGAAGGUGUUGAUAAUUGGGAAGUUAAAAGAAGCUUUUGAAAGAAUGAUUAAGACUUUACCAAAUGAAAUGCUUGGUGAGGAAGGACCAACAGGUCCAAAGGCAAAGAAGGUUUGGAAUGGUGAUGAAGUUUGAAUUUUGUAGGUUUUUUAGUUUAUAUUGAUUCUUAUUCUGUUAAAAAUUAAUUUAUAAUAGAAUAAGAGUCGCGUGUUGCAUAAAUAAUUAUAUUUUUUUAUCUGGAUUAAACCUUUUUAAAUAUUAUAAUAUAUUUUUAGUGAAAAUUUUAUUUUUCUAAUUUUUUGUAAA